AUGGUGCACAUAUCGCUGCCUAGAGGCCUCAGCCAACUCGGAGGGAAAAACAAAGACAAAGAUCAGGGUGCCAGUGGUUCUGCUCCUAAUGGGAAUGGCAGCAGAAGGCCCAGUCCUCCACGGCUGGGAAGUAACAACAACAGCACCGCUGCCUUGGUCGAUCAAAAACCCCUUAUUCUCAAGGUCUAUGUUAUAAAGGCACGAAAUCUGGCACCAAAAGAUAGAUCUGGCACCUCCGAUCCCUACCUUGUGGUCACUCUCGGCAAUGCGAAGCAGUCCACACCCUCAAUUUCGAAGAAUCUCAAUCCGGAAUGGAAGAUAUGCUUCGAUAUGCCUCUGACGGGCGUCCCACUACUUGAAUGCAUGUGCUGGGAUAAGGAUCGCUUUGGCAAAGACUAUAUGGGUGAAUUUGACAUCCCGAUCGAAGAUAUCUUCACCAAUGGACAGAUACAGACCCAGCCAAAGUGGUACAAGCUGAGUUCGCGGAGACCGACAGGGAAGAAACCGAGCAAUGUGUCCGGAGAAGUGUACAUGCAAUUCUCUCUCGUCGACUCUGCGAAUCCGUCCGCUAGUCCAGACGAAAUCCGGAAAAAGUUUCAAGCCUACCUCGGAGCCGAAGAAGAGGACGAUGAGUUGAGCCGUGUCUCUUCGAACCUUGAUGACUUUGCCGCGGACGAGGAAUUUGACGAGCUUGACGAGGAUCAGGAGGAAUCAGUCACAGAGACUGAAUUCCCCCAGAAACCCGAAACUGCCGACAAGAAAGCGAAGAAGAAAAGACUCGCACGCCUCCGACGCCGGUCGAUUGCGGCAAGAGCUUACAAUUUCCUUUCAGAAGACAACGAUGUCAAUGGCAUUAUUUUCUUGGAGAUUGUCAAGAUCAUCGAUCUACCACCUGAACGAAACAUGACCCGGACCUCUUUUGAUAUGGACCCCUUUGUGGUUACUGCACUGGGGCGGAAGGUCUUGCGAACAAGGGUGGUUCGACACAAUCUGAACCCGGUGUACAACGAGAAGAUGGUCUUUCAAAUCAAGCGCAAUGAGGUCGGCUACUCCUUUACAUUCAGUGUGAUCGAUCGAGACAGCUUGUCAGGAAACGACUUCGUGGCUUCGACAUCAUUCCCCCUGCAGAAAAUGAUCCAAUCUGCUCCCAAAGAGGAUCCAGAGACUGGUCUCUAUGACCUUCCUGAGCCACCAGAGUUUUCGCCGGCAAUGCAGCAAAAGGGCAGAUUCCGCAUCCCCUUAUCACGCACCACCUCGGCCAACAGUCUAUCAAAGCUGACCAGGCCCGGUUUGAAAAAGGACGACUCUCAAGUAUCAUUGUCGAGCACGAAUAACAGUUCAAGUAGUGACGAUGCCAGUCGGCCUCCGCCGCCAACGAGUAUGCCGUCUGAAAACAAUGGAAACAAUGGAAACAAUGGAAACAAUCUGAAAACUCCUCCGGGCAUUGACCUUCCCCAACCUCAACCCGCAGAAGACCCGACGAUGAUACCCUACGUGAUCCCGUUGGAACUCAAGAAUAAGGAACGAUGGGAAGACAAGCAUAGUCCCGAGCUCCACAUCCGAGGAAGAUAUCUGUCUUACAAGGCGCUGAGGCAGCAGUUCUGGAGGGCAAUGUUGAAACAGUAUGAUGCCGAUGACAGUAGGCGGAUCAGUAAAAUCGAGUUCACCACGAUGCUUGAUACACUCGGGUCAACUCUGAAAGAAUCAACAAUUGACAGGUUCUUCAAGAGGUUUGCCGCCGAGAACGAAGACGUUGGGGAGGUGGAUUUGACCUUUGACCAAGCGGUGAUUUGUCUGGAGGAACAGUUGCAGAAGAGCAGUGAAAAGAAAUCCCAGCUCGAGAAGAUCAAGAGCGCCGAAGUAUUUUCGACACAGAAGGAUGUCAUUCCCCCGCAAGUUAGCAACAAUGAUGAAGUGCCAACUAUUACACAAGAGGCAACCGGGGCUGAUGGUGAGGAGGGCAAAUUGCUCGGAAACGACCUUGCGGACGAAGGAGACGAAGAACAUGUCAUCGAGAUUCGGGAGUGUCCAAUAUGCCAUCAACCAAAAUUGAACAAACGCACCGAAGCCGACAUCAUAACGCACAUUGCUACCUGUGCCAGCUCGGAUUGGAGGCAGGUCAAUAAUCUAGUAAUGGGCGGUUUCGUGACACAGAGCCAAGCUCAGCGGAAGUGGUACUCCAAGGUCAUCACUAAGAUCAGUUACGGAGGCUACAGGCUGGGCGCUAACAGCGCGAACAUUCUCGUUCAAGAUCGGAUUACCGGGCAGAUCAAUGAAGAACGAAUGUCUGUGUACGUUCGCAUUGGCAUCCGCUUGCUCUAUAAAGGUUUGGGCGCGGGCGAAAUGGAGAAGAAAAGAAUCAAAAAAAUGCUGCGAUCGUUAUCAAUCAAGCAGGGCAAGAAGUUCGAUGAUCCAGCCUCGGUGGCGCAAAUUCCCGGAUUCAUUGCCUUCCACCAGCUCGACAUGUCCGAAGUGCUCCUCCCAACUUCCGAGUUCAAGAAUUUCAACGAAUUCUUCUAUCGUGCUUUGAAACCCAACGCUCGGCCUUGCAGCGCACCAGAACGAGCUGAAAUCAUCGUCUCUCCCGCAGAUUGUCGCUCCGUUGUGUUCAAUACCAUCGAUGAUGCGACACGAAUUUGGGUCAAAGGGAGAGAUUACUCGCUCGAGAAACUAUUUGGUGAGGCAUAUCCAUUGGAGGCGAAACGAUACAAAGGCGGCAGUAUGGGCAUUUUCAGACUUGCGCCUCAAGAUUAUCAUCGUUUCCACAUUCCGGUCGACGGUACCUUGGGAACACCAAAGGCCAUCGAGGGUGAAUACUACACAGUCAAUCCCAUGGCCAUCAGAUCGGCAUUGGAUGUCUACGGUGAAAAUAUCCGGGUUCUGGUACCCAUCGACUCCGUUGCUCACGGCAGAGUCAUGUACGUCUGCAUUGGUGCAAUGAUGGUCGGCUCAACCGUUAUCACCCGGAAACCGGGGGAUCGGGUCAAACGAGCUGAAGAGCUCGGAUACUUCAAAUUUGGCGGCAGUACCAUUCUCUUGUUCUUCGAGCCGGGAAAGAUGGUAUACGACGGUGACCUUGUAGACAACAGCAUCGGGGCUCUCGAAACAUUGAUCCGUGCCGGUAUGUCUAUUGGACACUCACCGAAUGUUGAGCCGCAUAGGCCGGAUAUGAAGAAGGACGAGAGCAGCAUUACCAUGGAGGAUAGACAGGAAGCCAGGCGGCGCAUUGAGGGCAGCAUUGCACCUGACAUGGAUAACUUUGGCAUAUUACCCCCCGACACCGAGUCGGGCGAUGCAAUGAGCUCACUACACCCGGCCAACAUCGCGUAA